UGUUGCUGUUCAUGUGAAGCAACAUAAAAAGGAUAAAUCCAACUGGGUAUUCUUGGUGUGUGUAGAAAGAGAAACUAAACAAAGAAGAAACCCAUUACCUGUACUACUUCAUUCUUUCAAUAAAUUACUACUCUCAUCUUUUGCCUCACCUAUUUUGGUUGAGGAUAGAGUACAGAGUAGAGAGCUUGGGUGUUCAGGGUGCGUGGGUGGGUCAAAGGGUGUGGUGUAGUGUAGACAUGAUAUUGUUUUCUUGCCCCUUUUGUUAGCUGCCAUUAGAGUCAGAUUCUUCUGCUUCCAAGAUUUGAGCUCUCAUGUAGAAAUUUCAAGUAUCAACUGAAAAUUUACCAGAUCUCUCAAGAAUAAGAACUAUCCUCUCUUCUCUAUAAACCAACGUUCUCGGUCAAUUGUUUAUGGUUUAUGAUUCACAUUACUAAGUAAGAGAGUGUUAGCGAUGAGCAAGAAGUUGCACUUCUAACACUGUGUAGUGUUUUAGCUGGAAACGCUCAACAUUUCCUAAAUUGAGCAUGUCAAUUCUGGACAUGGGAACUUUGGCUCCUGAACCUGAGGUCAUCUGCUCGAAAAAGUACUUAGCAUUGGGUCUGAAGGUAUCUGGAAAGGAAAAAUCAGGAAAACCCAGAGUUCUAUCACUUCUUUCAACACUUCUUGAGAGGUCUGUUCAAAAUAAUGAAAGGUUAUUAGAAAGCUCACAAAGAGAAGACGUGAUCACAAUAUUUCAUGGAUCAAGAGCCCCUUCUCUCAGUAUAGAACAGUACUUGGAUCGAAUUUAUAAGUAUUCAUGUUGCAGCCCUUCAUGCUUUGUGGUUGCACACAUAUACAUGGAGAGAUUCAUUGAAUGCACUAGUGCUCAUUUCACUUCCCUCAAUGUUCACCGACUACUUAUCACAAGUGUGAUGGUGGCAGCAAAAUUCAUCGAUGAUGCAUUCUAUAACAAUGCAUACUAUGCAAGAGUAGGUGGUGUAACCACAAAAGAGUUGAAUAAACUGGAGAUGAAAUUCUUGUUUGGACUGGAUUUUCAACUUCAUGUAAAUGUCCAGACAUUCAGAAGCUAUUGCUCGCUCCUGGAGAAGGAAGGCACUGUAGGUCUCCAGAUUGAGCACUCAAUUCAGGCAUGUAGAAUCAGCGAAAGCUGGUCAAACAAAGACGAUUCCACCUGUGCACAAAUUGCAAGAUGAACUUUUACAAUGGUGAAGAUAUCAUCACCAAGUUGAAAUACUCUUUCAGACGUGGAAGAAACUAAAAUGCUCGGUUUUGUACUAUAUUGUUUAGCAGGAAAAAGUCAAUAGUAGUGUGAUACUCCUUUUUUUUUUUUUUACCCAUUUUUGUUUUGUCUGUGUGCAGGUGUUCUUUACUGUACUAGUGUAGCUCCCAGGAACCCUGGUUUCCUCCUUCCCCUUCUUUAGAUUAGUUACCAGCAUUAUUCUUUUUCAGGUUCUGUGAAGUUCUCCGCGGAUGUUGGUCCCUAUAGAAAGAGGGGCAUGCUUGUUUUAUGUUUACAGUAGAAAUUUCUGAGUGAUUUCAAGCAUUAUUUUGAACCACCAAAUUUGAACCAAGAAGGGCUUUAUAUAACAAUGCACUGUAAGAAUUGUUGCCUUGUACUUUAUCCUCUUAAGUAUCCUUGUGUGAUUAUGCUGGAUGUAUUUCAUUAAUAGUUUCACUUUUAUUUGUAUUA